GCUUUCUCAAUUAUGGAUGAUUAAUAGAGGGUAAUCAAUUAUAAUAUGAAUGAAGAUAAUGUCAGAACUGUGUGCUGAAUAGUUUGUGUUGUCGGAAAACUCUUUGGAUCGACCUACUCGAUUGAGGUUCAACCGGAAUAUUCUGAAAGUUUUCCGAAUGUUCGUGGGAGUUCCUGGGACCGGGUCCAAUUUUUUGGUCAUGCCAGAACUUUUCGAAGUUUAAUUGACAGGGGGGAAUUUCGAACGAUUUUCGUGGUGUAUUCUUGGUGAUUUCACAUUGCAUUCUUAACAUUUAUGCUGCAUUGUAAUCUUGGACAGCAUUUGAGGAGUAUUUGAAGCAAUCUGCAUUCGUAGCGGAUCCACACUGACAACCAACCUUAUUUAAAACCCCGACAGAUGCUUUCAUUAUAUGGUAAGAAUAUCGGCCAGUACAACGAGGGGUGAAUCUGCAGGGGCAGCAUUAGAUAAAUUCUUGUGACGAUGAAUUUCAUUUUCAAUACAUUGUCCAAAUGUUCAGAAACUGUUCCUGUGAGCAUGAAUAUAGAAACCAAAUAAGCGUAACGCUGACGUGAAGACCGUAUACAGUAGACAAUUAAACAGUCAGUAGGCCCAUAGUUAUAAUCAAGUUGCCAGAUUGAUCGUAAGUAAAAUGGCAGAAAACUUUGAGAAUGAAAUUAAAAGCGACGCCAUUCUUGAAGAAGAUGACAGCAUAGAACACUUAGGGGAAGGUGAAGGCAGAGAAAACGAUAAUGAAGAAGGGCAUGUAUCAGUAUCGAUGGAGACGAAAUGGAUGAUAAUAUGUUUCUUCCUUCUCGUCAUGUUGGCAUACCUGUUCGCCGGAGCGCUGGUCUUCCACGCCCUCGAGCGUCCCGCAGCAUUGAAAGCUUCGAGGAACUUCCAUGGAGCUCUCCAACGGCUUUCAUCCGAAAACGAUUGCAUGGAGGAUGAUGACGUUGCCGAUUUGAUGAUGAUCGUAACACGAGCCAUAGGUGAAGGAGGCUACUCCACUGGUCAGCCUUACGCCUUUCAUCUGAGCAAGGGAGCGAUCAAUGACACCUACUACACACACCCUUGGAGCACGUCACAAACCUUCUUCUUUGUAAUCACAGUUGUGACUACGAUAGGAUUCGGCUAUGCGUCCCCGCGCACAGGACUCGGUGAGAUCUUCUGCGUGUUCUACGCCUUGGCGGGCAUCCUACUCACAGGAAGUAUCGUGUUCCUGGUCGGUCAAAUGCUCCAGGAUCUAUGCCUCACCAGAUUCACCACCAGCCGGCAGAAAUGCCUCAGAUGUUGUACGAAGGUCGGAGCUGGCUUUGUUAACUUGACUUUAGCCUAUCUUUUUGUCCUCCUCAUGGUCGUGCCACCAAGCAUCAUCUACUUCUUCACACAAGAAGACUGGGACUUUGUGGAUAGUCUUUAUUACGUAGUGCAGGCUACGACCACUGUUGGAUUCGGAGACCUGGAGGCAGCCUUCGAAGGAGUUUCUAUCGUCAAGCUCUAUAUCAUAAGAAUCAUUGUCUUCGCCAACCUCUUCGUGUGUCUUGGUGUCGUGUCAACAUUCAUCGACAGCUUCCGAGACAUUCAGAAGCUUGGCUUCAUGACGAUUUCAUCUCGUAUUUCGCGAUACACCGAAAAAAUCUCUGCGAGACAUCAGGACGAGAAAACUGGAAGCAACGUCGAACUUGACACACUAGAGGUCAAGGGGUGUUCUUGUUCUAAUGGUAAUGACCAACUAGGGGAAGGUUAAUCAUGCUCGUCGGAAAUUACAUCUUAUAGUGCCCUUCAUCAAUAUUUUGUCCGACAAAUUUUCUGAUCUGACAACUUUCCGUGAUUUUAAUUUGCUAGGAAGCGCUGUUACCAAUGUAACUCGGAUAAAAAACAGACUUUGUCGGAUAAAACGUCCGACAAAUUAUUUCAUCAUGUUCAUGAUAAAUGCUCUUUAGGUCAUUAUGCACGUCUCAUCGGCUUGCAUCAGGAUAGGUUCCGGGAUUUACGAGGUGGUAGAUAGGAUUUGUAAUCAUUUUUUUUUUUCAAGGUUAACAGUGAUAAAAAGGGUUCUCUUCCGAAAUUUUCUAGACAAGCAUGCAAGGGGGUCACGCCCAAGAAAGACAUGCAAUGGAUUCAAAAGAUGAUCUUUCGACAAAGUAAAAAAAAGAAUGUCUCUGUACUCUUCCGCAUUCCAAAUAAAGGGGGGAUUUCACUAAAAAAAAGGGGGCGGUAACCAAAUUGCACACCUGCUCUGCAUGUAUAAUACAAUUUAUUUUGUUUGAGGGGAAGAAAUGAACUGUGAUUUAGAAAUACAAUUAGAACUGAAAACAAUGAAGUUAAUACAAGGCUGCUCUUGCGUUCUCAUAAACAAAUCUUCAAAUACUACAAAACUUAUCGAUUUUUAAAAAUGAUAGUACUAAUAACAACUAGUGUGUAAUAAUUCCCCAAUUGAAAUUGAAUUUAGGAAAUAUUACAUUUUUGUUCGGGGUUUUUGUCUCGCCUCCAUAGAAGAGUGAGACUAUUCUAAUCAUAGGCGCUGCUUUUCCCGCGGCGGCGUCAACAUCAAUCUUAAUCGAAGGUUCAGUUUUUUAAUUGACUUAGAAAUUAUAUGGACCUAGUUCAUGCAACUUAGACAUAGGGUUAAUCAAGUGUCACUAAAUAACCUGCUUGUGUUUCAGAUCACAUAACCAAGAUCAAAGGUCAUUACCAUGUCAGUUAACUGGAAGUUUAUGGAUCUAUUUCAUAAAACUUGGACAUAUUAAGGAUAAUCAAGUAUCACUGAACAUCCCGUGCGAGUUUCAGGUCACAUGACGUCAUUUAAAGUCAAUGAACUUUGGCCAUGUUUGGGGUUAUCAUAACUUUGAAAGUUCACGGAUAUAGUUUGUGAAAUGUGGACGUAGAGGUUAUCAAGUAUCAAUUACAGGUCUAAGGCCACAUGAUCAAGGUCAAAUGUAAUUUAGGGUAAAUGAACGUAGUAUCAUAUUAUUAUAUGAAUGAUGUUUUUGUGGAUAAUUAUUUUAUACUGUUUUCAAAGUUAGCACUGCUGCUAUACUGAAACGCGUAAUGCAGGCGAGACUGUCAGAGGCGCUCCUCUUGUUUACAAAGAAGAAUUGUGGUACACGGGAAUGUUGACCUUGAUAUAGGACUAGACACUAGCGUACCUACGGGGGGGCAGGGGGGGCACUCUGCCUCCCCUGACGAGUCAAAACCCAUGCAAAAACGUAUCUUUGCCCCCCCCUGACGGGCUUGAAAAACCUUUUUUGCCCCCCCUGACGAGCUUGAAGACCUUUUUUUUUUUUUUUUUUUUUUUUUUUUUUUUUUUGCUUGUCAAUUUUUUUCUGGUACGAAAUCCUUUAUUUGUGAUCGAAGACCUUUUUUUUUUUUUUUUUUUUUUUUUUUUUUUGCUUGUCAAAUUUUUUGGCGGACGGUUUUGCCCCCCCUGUGGAAAAUCCUAGGUACGCCACUGGGACUAGAGUAACAAUUCUAUGUAGAAAACGUGUAUAGAUCAUAUUUAAUUGAUUUUUUUUUCUUUGAUUUCAAUGAUAAAUAAAUCAAUAGUAUUACAUUAUAAACAAUA